AUGAUUGUCAACAAUAGUAUCUGUGUGUGGGAUUUCGUGUCGGAUACCAAAGCUUCAUGGACUGUCCCUCUAUCUGGAAACUUUGAUAGGGUCCGUGUCCAUAUUCUACUGGAUGAAUUUGUUGUCCUAUGCAACAGCAAUUCUAUAUUCGUUUGGGCCAUCCCACAGUUACAUCCUUGUGGAAGCGUCGAAGCGGAGGUCAUUCAAGAUUUGGAACCCCUCAAAAGGUUAUCGCUUGAUCUGCGUCAUGGUGUACCUAGUUCUGGGUACAACGUCGAGAUUCUCGACGAAUGGUAUAACGGGUUUAACCAACCUUUUGAAAUCGACAUCAUUUUCUCUUUCAGCGAGGAGAGCGUGGAGGUCUCCCGCUAUCGACUGGAUUUACCUUCAGCUACAAAUAUGCUUGCUAAAGGGGAGCAGCAGAUCUGUGUGCAUGAAGUGGGAGAAUUCAAACUACCUUCCGACGAUGGCUAUCUUGAGGAAUACCGAAUCUCAAAUGAACAUACCUUCAUGUAUUGGAGUUCUGAUCGGGGGGUCAACAUAGUGGCCACCCCGUUUCAGUGGUCCAAAAUUUCUUCUGCACCUAGGCGUCCCCUACAGCAUUCAAUGGGCUGGCACGAAACGUCACCUGUCGAUCGCUUCUUGAUGACGUUAUGUCCAGUCUCUGGACGUAUGUGCUAUGCUUCACCGAUUGAUACAAUCCGUGUAGUGGACUUUGUAGCACCUUACAUGUAA